GGAAAAGGCCGCGGUAACCGCAUCUGCCAUUUGCCUGUUUGCUUUGCUCUCUUCCAGGCCAAUCCGUAAGUUAGGGAUCCAAAUCAGUAGCAACUUGCAAAAUGCGUGCCGGUGCCAGGUUGAUCGAGAAGGAGCAGCAGGAGCAGCGCGCACCGGUGGAGAAGCCUCCGUUCACCUUGGGUCAGAUCAAGAAGGCCAUCCCGCCACACUGCUUCGAGCGCUCGGUGCUCAAGUCCUUCUCCUACGUGCUCCGUGACCUCGUCACCGCCGCGGCGCUCCUGUACUUGGCGCUGGUCACCAUCCCGGCGCUCCCGAGCCCGCUCCAGUACGCCGCCUGGCCGCUCUACUGGAUCGCACAAGGCUGCGUGUGCACCGGCCUGUGGGUCAUCGGGCACGAGUGUGGCCACAACGCCUUCUCGGAGUACCCGCUCCUCGACGACAUCGUUGGCCUGGUGCUGCACUCGUCGCUGAUGGUCCCGUACUUCUCGUGGAAGUACAGCCACCGGCGCCACCACUCCAACAUUGGCUCCCUGGAGCGCGACGAGGUGUUUGUGCCCAAGAAGAAGGAAGCGCUGCCGUGGUACACGCCGUACGUGUGCAACAGCCCCGUGGGCCGUCUGCUGCAGAUCGUCGUGCAGCUAACCCUCGGGUGGCCACUGUACCUGGCCACCAACGUGUCGGGUCGCCCGUACCCGCGCUUCGCCUGCCACUACGACCCCUACGGCCCGAUCUACAGCGACCGGGAGCGCGCCCAGGUCUUCGUCUCGGACGCCGGCGUCGUGGCCGCGUGGUUCGGGCUGUACAAGCUGGCGGCGACGUUCGGGUUCUGGUGGGUGGUGCGCGUCUACGCCGUGCCGCUGGUGAUUGUGAACGCGUGGCUGGUGAUCGUCACCUUCCUCCAGCACACCCACCCGGCUCUCCCCCGCUACGACUCCAGCGAGUGGGACUGGCUGCGCGGCGCGCUAGCCACCAUGGACCGCGACUACGGCGCCCUCAACCGCGUGUUCCACAACAUCACCGACACACACGUCGUGCACCAUCUCUUGUCCACCGUGCCGCACUACCACGCCGUGGAGGCUACCAAGGCGAUCAAGCCCAUCCUCGGCGAGUACUAUCAGUUCGACCCCACCCCCAUCGCCAAGGCGAUGUGGCGCGAAGCUAGGGAGUGCAUCUACGUCGAGCCCGAGAACGGCAGGGGCAUCUUAUGGUACAACAAGUUCUAGCCGCGCUUAACUUGAUGCGGAACUCAGGACUUAGGUGAUCGCCCAUACUUUCGCCGGAGAAUUGGGAGAAGAAAUCAGGAAGAGAGAGUGAGGUAAAAAGAAGUCGUACCGAUAGUAUAUAUAUGGGCACAUAAAUGGCUUAGUGCACUGUCAUUGCAUGCUAGAGCUGCCAUCAAUAACACCUAUAGACAAAUAAAAAUUUCAAUGU